AUGCUGUUAAAGGGUGAGUUUGAUUCAGUGCACAAAAUUUUCGAGAAACACCCAAACAUUGCUAUUGAUUUCAAACCAAAGGACAAAGGUGUGAAAGCAGCAUACAUGAAUCUUCUUCUCAGCCUCAUCGAGACACUGCGCAAGCCUCUUCGUAGCUUUUCUGAGACUGAGCUAAGCGACGCUGAGAGCCAGUUGAAUGAGCUAACAGAAGCUGGAUUCAAACUGGAUUGGUUAAAGACAAGGUUUGAGGAGAUUUACUUGGAGAGAAAGAAUGCAGAUGCUGAUAAAUCAAGGGCCCAAGAAGUGGAGGAACGCAUCAAGAACCUGGAGCUGACUUUGUCAGAUCUCAAAGUUGAACUAGAAAAGGAGAAGGCUAAAUCUGCUGCUGAUGCUACGCUUUUGUCUUUUGACGAAAUUGUUUUAGGUCAAAAAUAA